GAAAAAGAAGAAAAUCUUUCAAGAAGGUGAGUCACGUUUUUCAGUGCCUCGUGUUGUAAUUUGAUUUUUUUGGGGAAAUUUUCGCGGAAAAAUUCGUGGGAAAUGUUGGGAAUUGUGGCAAAGAAUGUGAUUAAGACCUACUGUAAUUCAUUUUCCAGGAAUUUUGUGGUGAAACCCGUUGUAUUUGGCAAUAUAUCGAGUCGUCUUUCUACGCUAAGUACAGAAUUCAUUGAAGACAAUAUGGCACCACAUCAACGUUCAGAUCGUGGAAGUUUCCGGGACAGGAAAUCUGAUGGGGGUAGUGGAGGUCGUGGGGGACAUCGUCGUGAUCGAGAUGGGCACGUUUCGAAGCCCACGGGCAAAUUCACAACGUCAUCCAACAUGAGGGCACCCACGUGGGACAUGUCCACCCUGCGUCCCUUCAAACGCGACUUCUAUGAGCCCCAUCCAAUGACACAGAAGCGCUCACCGGCUGAAGUUCAGCGCUACAGAGGCGAGCAUGAGAUCACAAUUGAAGGAUCAGCUCCCAAUCCCAUUCAGAGCUUCAAUGAGGUUAAGUUUCCGGACUAUGUGAUGAAUGGCAUCCGGAGGCAGGGAUAUGAAACUCCGACGCCCAUUCAGGCCCAAGGAUGGCCCAUUGCUCUUGGUGGAUCAAAUAUGGUGGGAAUUGCACAGACAGGAUCAGGAAAAACGCUUGGAUUUAUCCUCCCGGCCAUCGUACACAUCAACAAUCAGCCUCCAUUGGGUCGUGGAGAUGGGCCCAUUGCUUUGGUCUUGGCCCCAACUCGAGAACUCGCCCAGCAGAUCCAGCAAGUAGCCACAGAAUUCGGUUCUGCCUCCUACGUCCGGAAUACCUGUGUCUUCGGCGGAGCUCCACGAUUCAAUCAAGCCAGGGAUCUCCAACGUGGCUGUGAGAUCGUCAUUGCAACUCCCGGACGUCUCAUUGACUUCCUGGAGUCCGGCAAGACAAACCUCCGGCGUUGCACCUAUCUCGUGCUGGAUGAGGCAGAUCGCAUGCUGGACAUGGGCUUUGAGCCUCAGAUCCGUCAGAUUGUCUCGCAAAUCCGUCCAGAUCGCCAGGUAUUGAUGUGGAGUGCUACCUGGCCCAAGGAAGUGCGUCGCCUGGCCGAAGAUUUUCUCGGUAGAAACUACCUGCAAGUGAAUAUUGGCUCCCUGGAGCUCUCGGCCAAUCACAACAUCCAUCAGAUCAUUGAGAUUUGCGAGGACCACGAGAAGGAGGACAAAUUGAAGCAGAUCCUGGAACAAAUUCAUCAAACCCGAAAGCCCGGAAAGACAAUCAUCUUCGUGGAGACGAAGCGCAAAGUUGAACACAUUACACGUGUCCUGCGCUACUUUGGCCUCAAUGUCUUCUGCAUCCACGGAGAUAAGUCCCAGAAUGAGAGGGACUAUGUGCUGAGGGAGUUCCGGAAGGGAGAUAGCCCCAUUCUUGUGGCAACUGAUGUGGCAGCACGAGGACUCGAUGUCGAAGGAAUCAAUUUUGUCAUCAAUUUUGAUUAUCCACAAAGUUCAGAGGAUUACAUUCAUCGUAUUGGACGAACUGGAAGGAGUCAAGCAACAGGAACAUCAUUUGCUUUGUUCACAAAGCAAAAUGCCAAACAGGCUAGGGAUCUUAUUGCAGUGCUCCAAGAGGCUAAUCAGGAAGUGAGUCCUAAGUUGCAGGAGAUGGCUCGCUAUGGAGGCAGCGGAGGCGGCAAUAGUCGCUGGGGAGCAAGGUCUAAUGGAAUGUUCCGCCGUGGAGGAUCAGGUUUCGGAUCGAGUUCAGGUUCUGGUGGUUUCGGCGGCAGAAGGCGCGACGAUGGGGGUUCACGUUAUGGGGGUUCCAUGCGUUCAGGAGGCGGCAGCUAUGGAAGUGGUGGAGGAGGAGGGGGAAACAGUAAUGGAUAUUCCUCCGGAAGGACCCAUCAUCGUUUCGAUUGAAAAUUUCCAUCUCUCUAGUUUGCAAUUCGGGUCACAUUUCUGAGUGAUAGUGUAUUCUUUUCUUUUUCAUCUCAUUCUCUAUAAUAAUUCUUUUCCAUGUCUAAGUUUAUUAGUGCAGAAAUAAUUUACAAAAAAAAGGAAGAACAUUGUAAUUUCCUAAGAAUUUGAGUAUAGAUUAAAAAAAGUAAUUGUGUGAUUGCUGCGUGUGAGUGUAGAAAAGAAAAAAAAUGUGUGUGAUUGUCUAAUUUAAUGAUUAUGAAAAAAACAACAAAGAAGUAGAAUGGGAAAGAGAGGAACAUUCCGCAUGACGGAAUUUAAUUUAAUAUUUCAUAUUUUCCGUAAUGAUUUUAUAUUGUCUCAUUUAGCUUUCAUUCGAUUUUUUUUCUUUCAUUUCUCAAUUUUAUUUAAAUAUUUGCAAGUAGAAGAACGUAGUUCAAAAAAUUAGGGGUAUUUUUGCAUUGAAAAAAAAAAUAAAACAAUUUUCAUAGAGGUUUUCUUCGCCUGAAAAUUGUUGAAAAAUCUCUCACAAGACAAAGAAAGGAAAAUGUACUCAAAUGUAAGACAAUUGAUUUUUGUCACCUCUUUAAAUUUAGUUUCUUAACAAAAAAAAAUGUAUACAUGUAACUGGAAACAAAAGUAGUUUUAUUCAGUAAUAAAUAGUAUGUAAGCAA